UUUAAGUGCCUCACCCUGUACGUACGUAUACAUGAUCGCGUCGUUUAUAUCAAAGUCGAAGGGAAUGAAUAUCGUGGUAUCGAAGUCUUCAUCUAGCGAACGCUAUUCGGCGCCUAUAAUGAACUUUUCAUCGACGGUGACUCUCAAUGACGGCGCGCAUGUACGAGAUGCGAUCUCCGUUCUAAGUGAAACGUAUCGUUUUGCACGCGCAUAUUUAUGGGUCACGCUGCUCUCUAUUCAUCCACCGGUUGAGGUUUGCCUCCAUCUUUGGCUCUCUCGCGUUUCAUGCUUGAUCGAAUGAAACGCAGGAGACACCGUUGUCCAAAGAAGCUCGCUGAUGACAUUCUUGAAAGAUCCUCUUUACUGCUUUCUCAUGAAGGAAUGGUUUAACUGCGCGUUCAACAACGAUGAUAGCCAAGUGAACGUCUCGCUGGCAAGCCUGAGAGAUACAUGGCUGGCGAAAAAUUGAUAUCCUGAUUCUCUGGAUUGCAGUACUUUAUUGGAAAUUUUGAAGCUUGUUAUUUGCUGUUAUGUUAAUUAACUUUGCGAUUAUAAUCCAACAUCAUAUUUAAUGGUUUUUAUAAAUAAUAUUGUUUUCGUAUCAUGACUAUUAUGACAAAAAACAAGAUUUUUCAUUAUUAACGUUUGUCAUAGUUAAGUUUGACCUGACGUUAAAAUAUCUUUUCAUAAGAUACACAUUUUAAGUAUACAUUCCUCAAUCGAGGUACAAUUUGACUUUACCACAGAACGUAGAAAUAAGUCUGAAAUAGUUAAAGAUAAAGAUAGCAAUGUUCUACUUUCCGCGUGGAAUAAGACACACAAAUUAUUUUUUUUUACGAUAAAGCUACUUUUUGAUAUAUCAAAAGUCAAGUAUGCAGAAGCGCUACAAGCGACAUGUUUCUCGAUACGUUUCUGUCAUCUUCUAACGAAUAGGUUCCGAGAUGUAUACGUGCACGCACGUUCUACCCUGUAACUUUCUACGACAGGCUAACCCAUCAUAUCGUAAGGCAGAUGCAUACCGCGGAAGACGCAGCCCUUCGCGAAACCCUCGUAAGGACAAUGCGCCGCCGGCGAUUCCCCGGCACAGGAAGAGGGGAUGCACACGCGCAACCCGCUCAUCCCCGACGGUGGGAGAGGUAGAGGCGAUCGGAACGGAGAAAACCGAGAGAGCGAAAGCCGCUGUACCGUAUCCCUCCGGUGGUAUACUGACGGAGAGCGCGCUAGGGGGUAGCGGCAGCAGCUCGACGGGGUACGUCGAGGGGUGGCAGCGGCGUCGUCGUCGGCGGCGGCGGCGGCUGCGGCGGCAGCAGCGGUGAUAGCAUACGGGGGUGCGGGAGAAAAGGGUGGCAAAGGCGCAUGCCAGUUGUGCCCUCGCCGCGCUACGAGUCGGGUAACCCCAGGAUUUUCACCCUCUCUAUUGCCGGGACGGGCCCGGCACGACGUUCGAGAGACUCUCCUCCUGGCGUCACGUUCGCGGCCGGCGGCUUCUCGGCAACACAGAUUUCCGGUAUCCGCCCACCCUCGCGUCGCGUCCCCGGCGUUUCCCGGCGUCGCGUCGUUUCGUUGCGACGACCAAGAGCCGGAACAGUGACAUAACAAUCGAUGACAAUCGUCUCGCGCUCGUCCACCCCGUGCCGCUUCCGGCGCGUCCUCUCGUGACCUCGGUCAAGGCGAUCGACCGCCGCCGGUCGGUGAUCGCACGCGAUCACCCGGACGGAUUCUCUCUUGUCGACGUGCUCGAGGAAGUGGUGUGGCAAGCGUCGACCGCGAACGGUCGGCACGUGAUUGUGCACUGGUUAUCCCGGAGGAAUCAUCUUCCGGACGUGAUGAGACUCGCGUCAGGUUGCGUUUCGGCAGUGCAUAACGACCGCUGAAUCUCCGAACCGUUGUCGGCCACUUGAACAUGACGCCGAAGUUUCUCCGCUCGUGGAAACUAACGGACACUAACGGAUUACUCUCGAAUGUGUUGUUCGACGCCGAUUGGAAAACGUCAAGAAACCUAGAGCGAGCUUCCCAAAUCGCACGAUCGUGGAUCAAUUUCGUUGCACGUGCGAAAAUGUAAGAGUCUACGAUCGUGAUCGAUACUGGGCGGAGGAUCCACGAAAGGACGCAAGGAUCGCGCAACGUAUUCGAUCUUUGUUCGAUUUCUGAUGUGGAAUAGGUGAAGCCAGCAUGUUUGCGUGCCUGUGGAACUUCUUCGACUGGCUCGACCAGCCGGUGACCAACUCGACGCCCGGGAUGGACAACAAACAGAUUGUCCAGUCGGCUACGCCGCCCGCCGUACCGGUCCAGGUACGCAGCAAACACGAUGGCUCGGGGGUGGCGGCCUCCGUGUCGGCGGUGCGCAGACGGAGCGGCCCUCAAGGGGGGCUGCGAUCGCCAGCCGCGAAGAGGCCUGUCUCCGCCCCCGUCGCACUUCAGGGCUGGUUGCAUAAACAAGGCUCGGAAGGUCUCAUGCUCUGGAAGAAGCGUUGGUUCGUUCUCUCCGAGUACUGCCUCUUUUAUUACAAGGGUCCGGAAGAAGAAAAACUGCUAGGUUCGAUAUUAUUACCUUCGUACAGAGUUACCGUCUGCAAACCCGAGGACAAAGUCAACAAAAAGUUCGCCUUCAAAGCAGAGCAUGCGAACAUGAGGACUUAUCAUUUCGCUGCUGACACCCGCGAGAGCAUGAAUCAAUGGGUGAACGCGCUGACUCUGGCGACGCUGCUGCAAGAUCCUAGCCCUGGCGCCGGCGAGGCUGCGGUGGUCAUAGAAAUAGCUGGACAGCAGGAUGGCGAACGAAGCGCCCGACCUAGCGUCUCGUCGAUCUCGUCGAUCCUGAAUCAAAGCGCCGACGACAGCGAUUCUGGCUUCCACGGCUUCCAAUCGCGCGACGAUCCCAGCCAUGCAUCCAACAACAAUUCCAGCCCAAACAGCGCAAACACUGCCUCCUUUCCGAAUCUCAGUGGCAGCAACGGCAACGGCAACUCCACCAACAAUAAUCACGCGAACGAGUCGAGUCAUUCAAUGAUGAAUGGUUGGGUGCAACAGUCCCCGCAGUACGGCCAAGCCGGUACUUCUCAGUCGUCGCAGCAGCAGCAGCAGCAACAAUACGGACACUUACAGCAAUUGACUCCAGGUCAUUCGCACCAACAUCAAGCGUUGCUUCACCAACAUUUACAUCAGAAUGCGCUUCCAGCUCAUCAAUCGUCGCAUGCACACAAACAUAUGGUCCAACAGUCACCGCAGCAACAGCAACAACAGCCUCAGCAUCCCGGCUCGGUUCAAACGAUCCAGCCCAUGCCGAGGAAGUUCGGUCAGCCGAUUUAUGCGAAUGCACCACCGAAACCUAGAAGAUUGACAGACGGCAGCAACGAGUACUCGACGCCAUCGCCGGACCCGGAUUACCGAAACAGCCCGGUCUCGCCGGAUGUGACGGUGACCAGCAAGAGUCCAAUGUCGGAUUACGAGAGGAGCAAUACUAUCUACGGCGCACGGAUAAAUCAGACUGCGUCGCAGGCCGCGCCAAAUCUGCGCACGGACAAGUCGGGCCUGAAUUACGGCUACGGUCCGAGUGCUCAACCAACGGAGAGGAGAACUCCGGACACGUAUGGCCGUAGCGCAAAGCCGAGGGUCAACAGCAGGGGCAAUGGUGACUAUGAGGAAGUCUACGGUACCCCGCAGCUGUAUCAGAGGCCCGCGGGACCGGUGGGGUACACAAAGGGCACGUCGCCGGCACCCAUUCCUAUUCCUGUGUACGCGCAGCAACAUCUACAGCAACUGCACUCACCCGUCACACCGUCGAACAUAACGAUGGUAAGACAAUCCAGGACUCAACCACCACCGCGACCGCAUAGCGCCGACUUUUUAGAAUACGAGGCGGCAAGGCGACCUCAGCAACAACCCACACAAUGCGAGAGACCUCCGGAUCAACAGAGGCGUCCGCAGAGGCCUAAAUCCAGCUUAGAUAUAGUGAAUCCGUCAGACGCGACUAAUGACGGUUAUUUCUAUUCCGAGGAAAGAUAUGCAGCACAGAUGCGGCAAUCCGCGGUGUAUCUGCAUCAGACACCGCAGCAUUAUCAGCAGCAACGAAAUCAGUCGCUCUCGCGCGUCACGAUGCAGCCGAAAUUACCGGGUGUCCGCGACAAAAACGACGAAAGUAGAAUGUCCACAUUGCCGGAUUCCUCCUGCCCCGCUCUGAGACGCACGCAUCGGGAUCACGUUCAUCAGCAACACACGAUGCCCGCUCAGUCGCUGACGCAGAGACAUUCCGAGAUAAUAGGUAUUGAUCCGAAACUCCGGAGAUCUUUGCGCGAGAAGAGUUGCGAGGCAAAUGGCCGCGAGGUGCUGACGCACAGCGGGGAGGACAACACGAUACCUCGAAGAAUACCGCGUGGCGAGUACGACGGGUGGGGCAGAAUAGGGGGCCAUGGUGCCCACGGGACUCACAUCGCUCAGACGUGUCACGCGGGUCAUGCAGGUGCCGGCAGACGAUGGAGCGAUCAGCAGCAGUUUUGCAGAUCAGCGUCGGCGCGUCUGCCAAGGACCCGGCAUCCCGCCGCUCUUGAUCCGGACGACGACGACUACGCGGAGAGGUCUUCUGAACAGGAUUCGCGGGAUGGCGAACGCAAAAUUCAGCAACGCGAAGAGUCGAUGAAGCGAUUGUUGGAAUGGAAGCAGCGCAUGCUGCAGUCUCCGCUGACGCGAAAGCCAUCCGGUUCAGCUAAUCGUGGUAGAGCGCAAAAUGAUCUUUCCAGUUACUACAAGCAACAGGCGUUGCUGGAUCUGGCGGCGCACGAGGCCGCCGUGGCAGAGAGUCGUCACUCACGGCGGCGGGAGGACGGACAUCGUUCGCAUGUCAGGAGCAAGAGCUCGGAUGGCCGUCGCACCGCUGUCACCGUGCCGCGCUACAACAGCUAUUCCAGCGAUGACGAAGAGCUGGGAGAUGUCCGGAGGAAGCGCACGCGCAGACCCUCGCAUGCAGGAAGGAGCCCCCGGCAUGCCGGAGACGAUCGGUCAUCGACGGCGACGUCGGCCGUCCAGGAUGUUGUCACGGUACCCGGAACCGGCGGACGCACGGGCAUUAAUUCGACAGGCCCGCAAUCACAAACGCAUGACGCUCGCAAAGCGAACCCGGGAGGCGCGCUUUCCUCCCUGGGUGGUAUACCCCCGGACGCGGGUUACGAUGAGGUCAGCUUCCCACCGCCGAUGAGAAACGACUACGCGUCGUAUGCGCUGCCAUCGUCCAGGAAAUCGGACCCGGAACCCUCCGCCUACGAGGAACCGACAAUGAGACACAAGACCCCGCACAAGAAGCCACUGGGGAUUCUGAAGACAUCGACUGCCUACGGCUUCGAUCACCAGCAACAGCGAUACGAUGGACAACAAGCCUGUAAGAUCGAAGGAAAAAGGUCGGAUGAUCUGUGCGGUUAUCGUGGCAACGAGUCCUGGCACGUGCAGAAGAAUGUUCAGUGGGAUUCGAGAGAUGAUAACGACGAGUGGGAUCCCGGUAUCGACGAAAGCAAAGUGAUCAAGGAGUUUUCUUAUCAAUAUAUCAAUCCUAAGAAGACGGCGUUGCAAUCAAAAGUGGAAGAAGAGGGUGACAGACUCAUGAAUCUGGUGCAGAGCAGAAUCAGAUCUUUUGAGAUGAACAUGGAUGGUGCUAGUCCUGUUAAAGAGGUGCUGUCCAUGCAGGAGCCGCUGAAAAUAUCGUCGCCGCUGCAGGCAACCGAGGCCCAUGUCUCCAAGCUCGAAUGCGCCAAUAAGACUCCAUCUGUCAUACGCAACUUCGCAUUAGGCGAUUCGAGUACGUCGGAAAACGCAUCCAAGCACAACGUGGAAGAAGGUCACGCCAAACAAGCCUCGACUGACAGCAACAAAUCGGUAAAGGAUCUGUUGGCGGAUUUUGAACGGAAAUCGCAGCAAAUCAAUCAGCAGAAGUGCGAGAAGCGACUAGAGUCAAAGUAUUGUGGAAAUUACGACAACGAAAUCUCGCAAUGCAACAUUGGGAGUAAUUUAGAUCGUCGGGAUCGGAGUGACGAGAGAUUUAUCGGAAAAGAAAAUGAGAAGGAUGAACUCCUUGCGCAGUGUUUCGCCUCGAAUACCCUUUAUGCGGAUGCUACUCUUCAGAGAAGCUCCGAUGGAUCCUCCAAACAAGGACAGAUGACUUCGACAGAUAGUUUGUCCGAACAAUACGUGCCAUCCGAUAAUCUGGACAUCGUUCCAAGUCCCAGUUGUGCCAGGACGAGUAUAACUGAGUCUUUGUUGACGCACGGUGACCAAUUUCCUGGUGAUAAUGAUCCGACUAAUUCUAUUUCGAAACAGGAUGAUAUUAAUAGCGAGGAUCAUUACCUACCUAUGUCGCCCAGAAAAGCCAUAUUGGAUCCAAACAGUGACGGACCAAAUCCUAAGAUAAUGGAGAGCCUAUUCGCCAAUUUGGAUCAUGAGGAAAGUUCGUACGUAGAAAUGUCACAAAACGGGAUGAAUCGCUCGCUUCUGGCGCCGAACGAGGAUGGUGGCAAGCACGAUUCCGGCGAUUAUUCCACGCUCGACGCGUCCCACUACGAGUUCGUUUGCGUAUCGGAUAGCAAGAUGGAGCCGGUAUACAUGGAGGUGAAUCAGUUGUCUGAGAAGGAGGACGAAGAGAGCGGUAAGGUGCCUGCGACGGCGAAGAAAGGCAACGUGAACGAGAAUUCAUCGCAUUCUCGGGGCGAUUUGCCUGACAUUCUGACGGCGCUCAAAUCCGAUAGUUCCGACGCGGAUGACGAAUCGUCCAAAGACUUGGACUCCAUAGAUGCGCCGCGGCAUCCACGAUUCAGCCUGUCUGAUACUUUCCGACCAGCUUCCUAUUAUUUGGGAGCGAGUCGUAAUAUGAUUGCGGAGCUGCACGAUUCGUCGGACAGUGAGCUCGUUUCUCCACCACCGAUACCGACUUCCCCACCGCCGCUGGACGACCUGGAUUCUCUGGACAUGCAAGAAUCCCUGGAAAUAAAGAAGGUUUCGCCGCAGGUGGCCACGGCCAAGGACAGCGCGUUGAAUCGCGACUCUCCAAAAUCGUGGAACAAACCAAUGGGUCAGGUAGAAACGCAUCGACCCCCAUCAAGGUUCUCCGACGCGACCAUCAGCUCCACUUUCAGAGGUAGUAGAAUAUCGCUGGAAAGUGCAUCCGGAAGCGACUCAGCCGAGUUGAAGAAUCCAGAGGAGGAAGCUCGCCACAGACAGCUAAAGAGGCGACCUGUCAGCGACGAUGUCUGCGAAGUUCUCGACAGUCUCGAUGAAUUAGAGUCAUUGGGAAGUCGUUUUGACGGUGCGAGCAUCGAUCUCGAUCAAUACUUGGAGGAACUACAGGCCAGGGAUGCCUUCAACGUGGAUUUGUACGCAAAAGAUCUGAGUUACAACAGCAUUUACGGGUUCAACGAGAACAUGCUGGUGGUGGACAAGCUACAGAAGACCACGUGUCAGGAUUUGUCGAGAAAGAUAAAACUGAUGUCUAUCAGCAAUCUCGAUCGACCGUUUGCUUAUUCCGGUAAAAAUAAGACUGGCUCGGCGAGUAGUCUGCCGUCCAUGAGAGUAUCGGAUUUACCACCGGCGCACCAACAUUCGCAAUCCUUUACUGGCGACGCGCAUUACGAGAACGUCGCAAGCUUCUCGCCACUCCGCGGUUCGCCAGCAGUACGACCCGAGAACGAGUCGCCUCGUGAUGGUGUUCACAGGAUGCAGAGCAGCAAUGUGUUGUCGGCUUCUCAUAGCAGGGAGUCCAGUUAUUCGAACACAUCGCCCGCAGCGUCUAUUUCGACAUCCAUGGCCUGUCAAAGACCUGCUAGCGCGCAAUCCUCGAUGCACUCGCCUGUCAAUGCAUCUGUGUCGUCGACGAAUAUACUGAACGCGAGUGCGACAUAUUCCGAGCAAAGGUUUCCGCACCAUUCGAGAUCCGCCAGUCACGACACGUGCACGCGACACACACUGCUACCGAAUCACCGAUCGACGUCCAGCCAAGACUCGAGCCAUUAUCCCAACCCGAUUCCGGCACCGCAAACCAUCAAAUCCGUUUUGCAGCAGUCAUAUUUGCCAAACGUCAGUACUGAACAACGCGCCUCGAGCGACCAAUCAGGCGCACCCUAUUACUACUCUGAUCUGCAAGCUAGUGUCAACAGUGUGGAUACAGAAUUGACCAAACCAAUAAUCAGCCAUACAUCGAGACUGCCCCAGCUGAACAAUCAGCGGGAUGAUGCCGCGAUUGGCUUAAACAAACGCAAUGAUAUUGGUCGCAUAGUGAAUCCAAUCGCACGGCAGAUGCCACGGCAGAUCCAAGUAGAUGACAUAGACGAGGCCAGACGCAUCGCUGCCGAGUUAAGACGAACAACCUGCCAGCUGCUUGGCGACAACAAAGCCGCCCUCGUGGACAAGCGAAAUUUCUACGAAGCUGAUACACUACGUCGAGUAAAAUCUACCGAUCUUCUAGCGGAUUUGUCUCUACCCGAGACUAGAAAUUUGUAUCCCCAUGGUCUCAGAGACAAAUCUGUUGAUCUGAGCGGUAUCGAUAACAUCGAAUCGAUACCGCAUGUUCCACAAACGUCUCAUCGUCGUUCGAGAUCCCUGGAGGGACUGCUCGACGAUGUUGGUCUGCAAAAUUUAGUGGAGCAGCGAAACCGAGCUAAUCGAACAGCGGAGGCAGUAACGACAGCAACAGCAACGGCGACGGUGACUUCAGCAGCGUCGACUAGCCAGGCGAUUCCGCAAAACUUGCCGCUGUCUAGCAAUCAUGCUGCCGUGACCGAUAGCGCUUUCAAUGCCGAAGACCCUUGGGAACAAGACAGCCUUUGGUAUGAGAGCCUGAGGCGAGUGAGUCUGCGAAACGCCAGAUCCUUGGAUAAUCUAGACAAUCCACCCGGAAGACCUGGAAAAGUCAGUGAUGCAAAAUCGCGCGGCAAGAUCACUCGGGGAGCAACCUACGUGAACGACAGCGUGGUCCUACGCAGGGACAACUGUAUGGAGGAGUCGUCGUCCGGCGAGCGACCGCGAGUGAAACGCAGAACGAACAAAGAUCACAAUCAUCAAGCGCGAUCGCUCGAAGACGAUGAAGAUGACGACGAUGGUGGCGGGAGCGGCAUCGCCUACGAAACCCUGUCAAUGGAACGAAUCGGCGUGGGCGGCUAUGUGUGGGAUCCACAGAACGAGGCCUAUCGGAAGCCCACCGUGGUGGACAGGAAUCAUUUUUUAGAGGACGGCAACCUUCCCCCGGCUCGCUCGAACCCGGACGCCCGGAUGUCCGCGACGUCGUUCGAGCUCGACCGAGAGAAACUCCGCCAAUGGGACCUGUUAUCGAGCGCCUGCUUACUCCAGGAGCAGCAGCGCACCUCGAUGGCGGACUCGGGGCGAGGGUUGCCGGUCGCGGAGCUGCCUGGAGACGCGCGCGAUUCAAGACUCGGCGUCGUUGCCGCUGCGGCGACGACGACGAUGACAACGACGACGACAACAGUCACGAUAACGGCAACGACAACGACGACACCGAGGACGACUAUGACAACGACGGACACAGUCGACAACGAACGGAUAGACGUUAUUGUAAAGUCAGUCGAUACCGCGAACGUACGCGAUAUCUUGUCGACGAGGGUGCCAACGAAGAGGCAGGAACCGAGGAAGGAGCCGUGCAAGCGGGCUGCAGGUGAGUGGCUCCUCAACAACGCUGGGGUGUACAGGCAGUGACCAUACGAGGCCGUGUUCCAAAUCGUCCAAGCCACCGCCGCCCGACUGGCCGAUUCGUCCCACGUAACUACGGCUCUUGUGCGAUAGAUGUUUAAUCCUAAAUAGUAGAAGCUGUUCCUUCCUAAGUACAAAAGCACAAUAGCUAGACUCUGCACAAGAAACGUCUUUCAUAUUCACAGAUUUUUAAAUUCAAAUCCGAGAAAAAGAUUUAUUAUUCGUUUCGAACUCUUUUAACUUUGAUUAAAUGUUUUUUCAUGAAUAAGGUGAUAGAUUAUUAUUACUAAGUGACAUUGAAACAAAUAUUCUUUCUUUCAAUAAAUCAAGUUACUCUUAACAUUUACUAUCGAUGGUUGAAAGUCAGAUUCCGGAACAUCUUCUAUCUUGCAAAACUAGAUUUAUAUUUAUCGUGCGGUUCAUAGAAUCUAUAUUAUAGAAUCUAUAAUACAUUUAAAAAUGUUUUUUAAUGUAUUACAAAAAAUUACACAAAUUUUUGCAAAAUUUUUCUAAUGAUUCAACCGACUGAUAAGUGUUAAUCAGAGCUUGCUGUUUAGGAUUAAGCUCGAUGUUCUCGCUACCAAAUGUACCUGCGCUUUCAGUGGCUUUGCAGUCACUUUUUUCUUCUUUUAGUUAUGGACCAGGCCAUGCUCCAGUUAACAUUUAUUUAAUAGUUCUCUUGUUAAAUUUUGUUGAAUCCGAAAAUUUGUUUUGGAAAUACGGAUGUAAUUUCGAUCAAUUGCGUAGAAUUUUACAAUCGAUGCGAAUUGGAACACGGCCUGGUGCGUGAGUGUAUGAGUGAGUGCUUUCACAAAACGAUUAAAAUCGCGGCUUAAUUCGACAAAGUUAUUUACUGUGAUUAUUUGUCACAGUGAUUAAUACAUAAUUCUAAUUUUUUUUCUAUCAAGAAACGAUAAAUAAAUAAUUAAUUUAUAAGAAUUCAUUAAGAAUGAAUAAUAUUAGGAAUUUCCUCUGUUAUUGGAAAGAUAAUAAUAAAAUAUAUACAUGAUGUGCUAUAUUAAGAAUUCGACGAAACUGCUACAAUAAUUGUGUAUAAAUGUGUGCGAGUGCAUGUAUACUCUUUUAGAAUAUUGUUUUAGUACUUAAGAAUUUAUUACAUAAAAUAAUUAUCGCCGAAAAGUUUAUAUAAUCCAAGACGAUUAUGAUUUUUGUUUAAUUCUCUUAUGUUUGCCUAAUUUAAGCCACUUAAUCGACUGAAAGCAUAAUUAAUUAAUGAUCAAACAUUAUUAAUAUUAUUUUUCACUGUAAGGUUAACUUUUAUAUCAUCGGAGCGCUAACGAAUACUUCGAUUACUUCCAACGAUUAUUACUUCCAACCGAUUUCCAUUCAAAUGAUUUUAAAUUUAUGCCAUUUGUGCAGGAUCUUAUCCUCGCGUUUUUGUACUUUAUAAUCCACAAUCGUUUAUUUUAUAAUCCGUGAAAUUGUUGCAAACCUUGCAAAUUGUUUUAUGGGAAAGACUUUUCAAUUAUAUCGAUACAACUGCGCGAUAUUAUUCAUUCAAUAAUCCAAAUAAUUUGUUGAUAUCAUCGUGAAAUAGCGCGCGCAAUUUAAAGCAGCUCUCUUAAAAAUGAUCAAGUCAAAGAUGAAUACAGUAGUCUUUAAGAAUAAUACAUGCCAUUGGCAAAAUAUUAUUAAUUAUCUAUACAUAGAAAUUCAUCGAAUCGAACUAUUUUAAGUAUUUACUAAAGUAUGUAUAUAGCUCGUGAUACGUAAAUUGUACAAAAAGAUAUUUGACUAAUUAUACAAUAUACAGUUGCCUCUCGUAUAUUGAUUCGUUUCAAUUCUAUAAAAUAAUUAAAACAACGAAUAUUUUACUGUGUUUUUAAAUAAUACGUAUCAGAAACAUAUGAAAUAAAUAAAACAAGAAACGGAUCGAGAGAUAAGCGAGAUAUUGAAAAUUGCGAGAUAUGCAUGAGGUAAGUUAUUAUUUUUAAUACUUGUGGAAGCUUGUUUUCAAAUAACCAAGUGUUAUUUAAACCGAAGAUUAAAUUAAUAAAAUUCUGAAUAAAUUUAAUUUCUGAAUAAACAAAAUUAUUGUUCUAUUUUACGUAAAACUUAUUCUAAUGGAUGUUUUUUUUCAUUGAGAUAGGAAAAUUUUUAUUGAAAACUGACGAAGAAAUACAAAAAAGUUUGAGAAUUAUUGAACAAAUAAUAUUAUAUCGAAUUUUUCACGUGCAAAAAUAGCAUUUGAGUACAACAAUAGCUUUUAUGAUUUUGCGCAUGACUCUUCAUGUAUCUAUCAUGAAAAAGAAAGCAGGCAAUACGUAAAAUUUACGUAAUUACGGUAGAAUUUAUAAAGAUUAUUCCCAAUAGAAAAAUGCAACGUAAAGAGGUCACAUAAUUCUCGAUUAUGGAACGUUCGUUCGCGUCUUCAAGCAUUCGGGCAAUUAAUCACGAACGAUUAGUCCCUUUAAUUAAUUUUCUUCAGGAAGCUGCCAUAAGUUAAUCUUCCCCAGAAAGAUGACGUUACUCUUACGGACGUUAAGGCCGCUUGAGUGACGUUUUCGCAAGCUCGCCCUUACGUUUGUUUUCCAACCGUUAGUAUUGUUCGCACGUCACGCGCUCUAAUAGUGACGCCUAUUGCAUCUCGGAAACUUCCUCGAGCGAUUUCGCGCGGUCUAUCGGCAAGUGUAAAGUCGUCGUCAUCGCUAACAUUGUCCGAUAUGCAUGGUGAACAUCACGGCCAAGCGAAGAGCAGCAAAGCUGGCUAUAAGUGCACCAUCGUUGUCGGCGACUUGUUCGUUGCACUUUGUCUCGGGUUCAAUAACAUGUGCGGCUACCCGACAUGAAUAGGUUCUAGAAUGCCGAGGGUGAUAUCUACGCCGUUCGACUGCGCUUGGCUGCUUCGAUUCCUCACGAAAUCGUUAAAUAUCGACGAGGAAGUAUUCGCGUGCUCCCCGCGAACCGGAAGUCUUCUCUUGCGGUUCCCCGACUAUGUCGGUCGAUCGUACCCUCGCCAUCGCGUGAGAAACUUUUCGGUCUUUCUUUUCUGGUGCGUUUUCCCUUUGUGGGAUCUCACGAAGGAACGCUGCGCGAUACUCCGUAAUUAAAGUCUCGCCGGGCCCGCGCCGGGUAUUCCAGAUUUCGUGGAAUUAAUAAGAACCCGCGGGAAAGGUGCUCCACGAUCGGUGGACCGGCAUGGCGAAAGAAUCGGUUCCUGACAGGAUAAUAUCGGGUCGGUAUCAGACAGCUGGAUGGAUUGCUAUGCACACAUUUAACGUUUAUUCGACCGUACGAGAGUUCGAAAGAGAAACUCCAUUUAUAAUCGACUAUUGCAAUCUGUAUUUUUGCAACCUUAGACGGAUCGUUCAAAAUUUUUCAGUAGCAAUGACAAUAGCGCUUGAUUUAAGCGCACGCUACCAUAUUUUUCAAAUGAUUAAUUCCAUCGAUAUAGUACCGGUAAAUUCGAUUGCCAACAUAGGUCGAUGUAAGAAGGAUGCUUUGGCUAGAAAACAUUUUUAUUUUUAUAGUAUCGAGAUUUGUCAAACUGAUACCGAUUUUAUCUUCUUAUUUUUGUAUCUUACAAAAUGUAUCACAGUGCAUUAUUCGAGUUUUAUAGAAUUACGUGCUAAGAGAAACGCGGAGAUACGCCGAAAUAACGGGAUAUUUUUAUAAUUCAUAACAUGGAAGCUGUGACGCGACGCGUCUGUGAUUGGCACUUCGGUAAUGCGGUUCUACUCAUCGGUCGGCUGCCAUUGACCUCGGUGAAAAAUCAAACCUUCAUCGGCCACAAAAGCCGCAGCGUGUUCGGGCACGAAAACCCAUUUAUCACAUUCCGCUUAGGAAAAAUGGACGCUGUCUCGCAAAACGGCUAUCGAUCUACGUAUAGACAACUACAGCCAACACCUGCGUUACAUACACAUAUUAUAGGUAACUGUCGAAUUUCCGCUAAAGGAGAAUCAAUUAUUCAACUUGAUAAGAAAUUAUAUACCUUAUCAAAGCAUUUUUAUGAAAAUCGCCAAGGACGACUCGAUUUCAAGUAAACAGUAAACACUUAAACAUCGUGACUUGAGUGCAGAAGAAAAAGAAUAAAACCAUGACAAAAUGCAUUGCUGAUAAAUGGCAUGAGGGAAACGUUAGCAAUAAUUCCGUAUUCAAUAGCACGCUACAAGGAUCAUUGAGUGUGAAAGGGAGGAUAACGAUCUUGAUUAAGUAAUCGCACAUCCAGUCCCGUGAAACGAAGCACGAAGGUAUAUCGAGUUUCAACAGAACGCCAUGCGGCACUUGAAGCAUUUUAGUUUUUGACAGUUCUGGCGAUGCGUCAGGUACACUGUGAAAUAACACCAUAGAAAUCCAAACUGCUAUUGGAAACGUUCAAUUCUGGCGGCAAACCGGUGAAACUCGGAACGUGACGAGAUGUUGCUAACGAAGCAUGACUACGAGUGAAUAUAUAACUUCAGUAAAGAUAUAUAAUGUCUUCAUUUUCACCAUAUUGAGACGUCUCUCGAGUUUUAUCACGGACACUAAUACAUUGCAGUAUUUCUAUUAUUUCCCCAGUAUAAUUAAAAGGAAGAAACUCUCUGAAAUAAUAAAUGAAUAAACAUUGAUGAACACACACAGUAGCGUGAUAUGAAAGUACGCAAAGUUGAGAUUCAUCAAUACUUUUACACCAAUAUUUUACAUAUUUUAUUUCAAUUAUUGAUAGAUUCGAUAUAAUAUUUCCAAUUAGCGAAGUCUCAUUAAUAUUACAGAAAUAAAAAGAUAUCAGAAACGAGCCUGCAUCGAACAAGAGAGUCUGACUGAUAAUUUUAACUUAAGCAAAAAUUCUAUAUCUCUUCACAUAAUGCACACAAGUCUACAAUUUCACAGAAGGUAACAGUUCAAUCAGUCGAAUCAGUCGAUUGAAUCAGUCCUGUUGAAUCCAAUCCUCGAGUGACAAAAGCGAGAGCACCAAUGCGAAUUACUAUGCGGAUACGUGCGUAUCGGAGUACGCGUCCCCAUGCUCGGCGCCAUAUCUGAUCGUCAUCGGAGCAACAGUUCCCAGCUACGCGGGAUCCUUCAAAUCAGACAGAAUUGCAGACGAGGUCAGACAGACGGACAGCCGGCUGCCUGGCUGGAUGAUAGCAACCACGAGUCAGUCAGUCGGUGGCGCUCCGCGCGGUUCCACGCGGUUCCUCGCGUGCGGCGUGGACGCGUGCCAGUUUGCAUCGAUCGAUGCAUGGAUCGAGAUCGCGUUGCGUGACUCGCGAGAGAGAAACGUCGCGUUCUCGCGACAAACAGCAGCGAUAUACCCGUGUAUCGUCCGACCGCGUACGUAUGCCAGCGUGUGCGGUUGCUCGAGAGAUCUCUUGCACUCGAAUGCUGCGAAUUCCGACUCGAUUUUAUUCGCUCGAGCUUUUCGCGACAGGUGCAGGAGACAUACGCGCGCGCGUGACACCGCGUGAAAUUCAAAACGCACAACAACGCGGCGGUUCGUCGCGUCACUGGGUCGGCCUUGUUGAAAAUCGGCGACGAGCAGGCGCGGCUUCGCGAACAAAUCGGCAAAUUCACGCCAAUUCACCUGUGACGAGGCACGCGAGUUACGGUACCCGCGUGGUGUGCGAAUAAAGAUCGUCUUGAAAGUUCAUUCGGGGUCGUGGCAUUUCAAAGAAGAUGCGCAAUGUUCGUUAAGGAUGAUGGUACUCGCAAGAUGCUGAUGCAACCAGCAUACGGAUCAUUUUUACGCGUCCUAGAUGAGGAAUAAAGAUCGUAGGCAUCGCAUAAUUUCUCUAGGACACGAAACGGUGUUUUGCUGCGUCUUAAAAUACAGCGGCGCCGCGAAUGUGGAUAUAGCAUGCGCGUCAGUGUUAAAUUGCCGAAACCUGAAACUAGAACUGUAUGACAAAUAAAAUUUCCGCACGCAAUGAUGCUUCUCAAAGCUCAGAAAUAUUGUAACGAUGCAAUCUAAAUUCGGAGCAAGUGAAAUUGUACAUUUUAAUCGAUUCUAGCGAUAAAUCAUUGUCGCGUAAAUUUCACUUCACUGUUUGUUUUAUUUUAUUUUGUAGAUUACACGUAUGUUAUUAUACUUUUAACGGAAUUUUUUACGAAAAGAUAUCAACAUUACAUGUAUUUGUUUAUUAACAUGACAUGUUAUCACGAUACAAAUUCGAUACUAUAAAAUGAUAUUGAAAUAUUGUAUAUGAAUAGACUGAUAUUUUGGUUCAAUUUCGGAUUUAAUAAUAAUAAACGAGACGCGGAAAUAGAGAAAUUUCUGAUGGAAACCAGAACUGUGAAUCGACAUGGCUUCAAAUAGUAUCCGUUAGUUAAUUUGACAAAUUUGUGACGGCUUGAUCGAAAUACUUCAUCGCCUUGAAUGAUUUUACAAAAUAAUUCCAUAAAAUCUGUUAAUCUUCAAUCGGCUUUCAAAAUAAUUGAUGCACGAUGAUGUUUAUUCCGAAAUCGUUCAGUUAUUCUAUUUAUAAAAAUCAUAUCUGAAAAGAACAUAUUUCUGGAUUUUUCUUAUAAUCCUUUUGAUGUGUAAUUUUUAUAUUUCACGUCAUACGUUUUAAAUAUAUUAUAAUAGUAUUCUCAUUCUUUAGAUUCUUUUUCAAGAUUUAUCAGUCAUUUUCGCUUGAUAUGUCUCAUGAUUCCCAUUAUAUGCGCGCGCGGAAGAUUUCUUCAUUUUCCAAGAUCGCAAACCGAUUUCUACUGUGCAUCGAUUCCUCUGACGUAAUUUCAAAAUGUGGUUCUUCAGAACGGAGAUCAUUUGAUCGAACAACCAAGCGAAUGAUGAACGUGAGAAAGGAAGGCUGUUGAUUCAGACUGUUUACACCGGAUUCAUCGACCUCAGUUGCCUUUUGUUGCUGAUAUUCGUUUUUGACAAUACGGGAAAAUCGACGUGGGAUGUGUGCAAC